AUGCCUGUCGGCAUCAACCAACCCUCGAACCAGAUCAAGUUCACAAAUGUGUCUGUUGUGCGGUUAAAGAAAGGUAUGUUCAUUUGCGAUCCCAAACUGCUUUUCAUUCCCUCCUUCAUUCCCUCGCGUCGCGAUAUUCAUAUCUUCGAACUCGACUUUUACCCCGCAAUCUCCCCCGCUAACAUCCUGACGAUAGGCAAAAAGCGCUUCGAACUAGCAUGCUACAAAAACAAGCUCCUCGAAUACCGUUCCGGCACUGAAAAGGAUCUCGACAAUGUGCUCCAGAUCCACACCGUCUUCCUCUCCGUAUCCAAAGCCCAGACCGCGCCAGCCGCGGAACUAGCCAAGGCGUUCGGCGCCGGUGUGCCCCAAGAUGAAAUCAUCCAGGAAAUCCUCCGAAAGGGAGAAGUGCAAGUGGGCGAGCGCGAACGAAAAGAGAUUUCGGAGAGAGUUGAGAAGGAGGUUGUUGAUAUCGUGUCGGGACGGUUGAUUGACCCGACUACCAAGCGCGUGUAUACACCGGGUAUGAUCGAGAAGGCGCUGAAUCAGCUAUCUGUGGCCAGUGGCCAUCAACAACAAAAUGGAGAACACGGGGCAUCUACAACUACGGCAGAAACAUCAGAAAAUGCCGGAACGGGGGAACAACAACAGCGCAAGCCGUUGUGGAAAGGAGUCUCGACAAACAAGUCAGCCAAGAGCCAAGCGCUAGAGGCCAUGAAGGCUCUCAUUGCGUGGCAGCCUAUCCCCGUGAUGCGCGCCCGAAUGCGUCUUCGAGUAACCUGCCCGGCAUCGCUCUUGAAACAGUCCGUCAAAGCGCCCGCAGGCGCCAACGGCGGAGGCAAGGAAGAACCAAAGCCUUCGUCCAAGGGGAACAAAAAGGGUCAAAAGGGCAAGGGCAAAAAGCACCAAGAUUCCGAAGAUGAAGACGAGGCCCAGGCCCAGGCAGCAGCGGCGGCGGCGCCCAAGGCGCCUUCCAACGUCAAAGACAAGAUUCUGAGUUUUAUCGAGUCGGUUGAAUCGCAAGAGAUUGUCGGCGAGGAGUGGGAAGUCGUGGGCUUUGCUGAACCCGGGGCACUUAAAGGUCUCAGCGAGUUUGUGGGAACAGAUACGCGCGGCCGGGGAAGGGUUGAGGUUUUGGACAUGGCGGUGACUCAUGAAGAUUGA